CCACAAAUUCACAGCGACCACUAGCACAAGUGGCUGAAAAUCUGGGCCAUGAUUGAAGUGUUAUUAUUUUUUUGAACAGGAGAAAUGUAAAUGAACUAAAGAAACCUAAUAAAGUUAAAAAGCCCGAACAAAGUGUCAAUAUAUGGCAUUGCAGUACUCAGUAUUUUGCUGCUGGAGUCUCUUGGUGUGUAUGUUAUGUUGUGAUAUUGACCAUUUUGUACUUCUAGGUAAUUGGUGCGUGGGAUAAAGUAGUAAGCAAUAACCAUGAUGUCCACAUCCAGAGGGACUCAGUAGUGCAUCAUAAGUCACCAUCUCCUAUGGAAGUAGACAAAGGAGUGAUCAACAUUCUACGGCUGAAAAUCAACACACUCCUCUGUGUCGUCCACUACUUACCUUCUGCAAAUCCAUGCCCAUAAAUCAGCCAAAGCAGGGAUAAAGAAGAGCGCAAGAUCGACAGCAGUAAGAAGCAACCAUGGCUGAUGCAGAACCAUGGAAGACAGUCAAGAUACCCCCGAUCGUGCAGGAGCUGGCGACCGGCAUGCAGGAGCCACCGAGCCGGUAUGUGAUCGCUGAGCAGAACCGGCCCACCGCGGCUGGUUUUGAGAUGCCCGAUCCCAUACCCAUCAUCGAUCUCAGCCGACUGUCUGCCAACUGUGCUGAUGAGGUUGCCAAGCUGCGGUCCGCCUUGGAGAAGUGGGGUCUGUUCCUGGCUGUUGGCCAUGGAAUGGAGCAAAGUUUUCUUGGUGAGGUGAUGGGAGUGGCUAGGGAAUUCUUCAAGCUCCCACUGGAAGAGAAGCAGAAGUAUUCGAACUUGGUGAACGGCAAUGAAGUCAGGAUCGAAGGUUACGGGAACGACAUGGUCGUGUCAGAGAAGCAAAUCCUGGACUGGUGUGACCGCCUCUACAUCAUAGUGGAACCUGAGAAUCGAAGAAUCUACAGCUUGUGGCCAACACAGCCUCCAUCGUUCAGAGAUAUUCUGAGUGAGUACACAGUCAGGUGCCGUAAGAUCGCCAAUCUUUUCCUCCAGAACCUGGCCAAGCUACUAGAUUUACACGAGGACUACUUCGUCAACAUGUUCGACGAGAAUGCCUUGACAUACGCCAGGUUAAACUACUACCCUAACUGUCCGAAGCCGGACCACGUCUUCGGCAUGAAGCCCCACACCGAUGCCUCGGUGAUCACAAUCGUCUUCAUCGAUGAUAAUGUCAGCGGGCUCCAGCUUCAGAAAGAUGGCGUCUGGUACAACGUACCCAUUGUUCCGAAUACAUUACUCGUGAACGUGGGAGAUGUAAUGGAGAUAAUGAGCAAUGGAUUCUUCAAGAGCCCGAUUCACAGGGUUGUGACCAAUGUGGAGAAAGAGCGGCUAUCUUUGGUGAUGUUCUACACGAUGAACCCGGAGAAGGAGAUUGAGCCACUGUCAGAGCUGGUGGAUGAGAAAAGACCGAGGCGGUACAGGAAGACAACAACUAAUGACUACAUAGCAAAACUCUUCGAAACUUUUGCUAGGGGGACACUAGCUAUCGACACAGUGAAGAUCUGAACGUGGUUCUGAAGUGUAGAAGAUUAAUUGCGGUGUGGUGAUAUUUCUUCCAGCGAUAUGUACUAUUCUCGUGGAGUUGGUUUAUGCUUCGACCUUCUAAAAAUAAUGUGCUAUGAUGUAUCACCUAUAUAACCAUCUACAGACAACUUCAUAUCUGUUUGUUUAGUUCA